AUCCAAAGAGAUCCUGUUAAUACAAGUGUGAAAAUCACAAAUGUCGUCAAGUGAUGGAAGGUCCAGGAUUCGGGACCGGGGCUAUAGUGAGGUUCCAAGGGACACGCCUUGUCCAGAUGGUACCAUAAGAACCCUCCAGUCUCUUCGCAGCAGUGAGCUGGCUGUGAGCGCAGAUCCUCUGCCUCCUCCCCCUCUCCCAUUACAGCCACCAUUCGGCCCCAGCUUCUACUCAAGUGACACAGAGGAACCUGCUGUGGCACCAGACCUCAAGCCGGUGAGACGUUUUGUUCCCGACUCCUGGAAGAACUUCUUCAGAGGGAAGAGAAAGGACCCAAAAUGGGAUAAGCCGGUGUCAGAUAUCAGAUACAUCUCCGAUGGCGUGGAGUGCUCACCUCCAGCCUCUCCAGCAAGAACAAACCACCACCCACCCAGCUCUUACAAAGAUCCUUCCAGAGGGUCGCAAGGCACCUUUAAUUCCCAGCAAGAGGCAGAUGCCAUGUUUCCCCACGACCCUUAUGCAUCCUUAGAGCGGCGCACACAGACGGCGCGGACAUACAGUGAGAAGGUAGAGGAAUACAAUCUGCGGUACGCCUACAUGAAGUCGUGGGCAGGCCUGCUGAGAAUUCUGGGUGUGGUGGAACUGCUUCUGGGGGCUGGCGUCUUUGCGUGUGUCACAGCUUACAUCCACAAGGACAAUGAAUGGUACAACUUGUUUGGCUAUACACAGUCGUAUGGCAUGGGAGGUCUGGGCAGCCUCGGCAAUACGUAUGGGGGUUAUUACUAUAGUGGCCCCAAGACCCCUUUUGUACUCGUGGUGGCUGGAUUGGCUUGGAUUGCCACUAUCAUUAUUCUGGUGCUUGGCAUGUCCAUGUAUUACCGCACCAUUCUUUUGGACUCUAACUGGUGGCCCCUGACUGAGUUUGGGGUUAACGUUGCGUUGUUUAUCCUGUACAUGGCUGCAGCCAUAGUCUAUGUGAACGAUACCAACCGAGGUGGACUCUGCUACUACCCGUUAUUUAAUACGCCAAUGAAUGCGAUGUUCUGCCGGGUAGAAGGAGGUCAGAUAGCUGCAAUGAUCUUCCUGUUUGUCACCAUGAUAGUUUAUCUCGUCAGCGCCCUGGUCUGCUUAAAGCUGUGGAGACACGAAGCAGCUCGGAAACAUCGGGAGUUCAUGGAGCAGCAGGAGAUAAAUGACCCGUCGUUGCCAUCAAAAAGGAGAAUGUGUGAAGUGGCUACCAGUGACCGACAGAGAGACCAAGAAGUUAAUUUCAAAGAGUCGAGAACAACAACAAAAAUGACUCCCGAGCUUCUGAGUGGACACAUCCCUCCUGGCCACAUUCCUAAGCCCAUUGUAAUGCCUGACUACGUGGCAAAAUAUCCUGUGAUUCAGACAGAUGACGAUCGAGAACGCUAUAAGGCUGUGUUCCAAGACCAGUUCUCAGAGUACAAAGAGCUGUCUUCGGAAGUGCAGGCCAUCCUGAGGAAGUUUGACGAUCUGGAUGCGGUGAUGAGCAGGCUGCCACAUCAUUCUGAAAACCGCCAGGAACACGAGAGAAUUUCAAGAAUUCAUGAAGAGUUUAGGAAAAAAAAGAAUGACCCUUCAUUUCUGGAAAAAAAGGAGCGCUGUGAUUACCUCAAGAACAAACUUUCUCACAUAAAGCAAAGAAUUCAAGAAUAUGAUAAAGUGAUGAAUUGGGAUACACAAGGUUAUUCCUAGACACCCGUUUAGUCGCUGCCUUUGUGUGUUGGUCUCCUGAGUGAGAAGCAGGCGCGUCCAGGUCAUCUUCUGCUUGGUUUAAACAUAUCCUAGGUAAAACAGUGUGAUUUUACUCAAACAUUUCAAAACAGUUUCAAACCCACAAGGGCCUUUACUGGGAUGGGAGAGACAGUGUAUUCAGACGUGUACACAGUUUAAUGGUUUUCUUAUUAACAAGGACUUGAAGCCAUGAUCAGUUGUCACACUCUGUGAUCUUGGGCAAGCUGAUCAGUCCUCUGUGCCUGUUUGUUCUGUAAAAUGAUACCUACCUCACAGGGCAGUUGUGAGACUACGUGUGCUCAUCUUUAUUUCUCAAGCAUCCGGAACAGAGCCUGCCGCUACAGAAGCACCACAUUCGUGUGGGGAGUGCUGUGGGUGUGUUGGUGGAAUGACUGAGCUACACUGGAUGAGUCUCAAGAAGUAGUCCUUAGUGAGCAAGCAUCAACAGCUAACCAAAGGCGCAUGUCCCAUAAUUCCCUUGUGCUUUUCACCUUUAGCACGUGUAGCCUCAAGUGGGUGUUUCACUGUUGCCUGUGACCUGCUAUGGCCCCUCACAGCCUCCGUGUCUGUAGUCAGGGUCACUGUGCACAGACCCCAUGGCCCAAGGCCCAUGUCCUGUGCACUCGAGAGCGUCGCCUUUCAGUUUACUUGGAUUUCCUCCUGGAUUCAUUAGCACACUUCAUCUUACCAAGAAUCAUCUUGGCUAAAAUUUUAUCCAUGAGAAAUGGUUUUGCUAUUUUUUUAAACAAAAAAAAUUAUAAGAAAUAUUUUUUAAAAGAAAAUUGUUGGUGGGCUGAGGCUAAGACUUGACUGUUGAAGAUUCACCUUCAUGGCAUAGAUGAGGAAAGCAAACAA